AUGCAAAAACUGGAUCCGUUAUCAGCAGGUCAAAAAUAUAACGAACGUGUUUUGUCCUGGACCACCACCCCGCAAAUCAUCUCACGGACCCCAGCAGAUCAAGGAUCCAAAGAAUCUGGUCCAGUUCCUAAUCAAAGCGUCUCACGGACCCCAGAGGAUCAAAGAUUGAAUAAAAACCGUCUAGGUCCGAAAGAAAGCGUUUCAGGAACUACAGCAGAUCAAAGAUCCAAAAAGCCCGGUCCGCCUCUCCAACAAAGCGUCUCAAGGACCCCGGGAGUUGGACGAUCCAAAGAACCUGUGAAUGUUUCUACUGACAGAACAUCAUUGGCACUUAAUACCCAAUACAAAGGGGAGGAUAUUCUCCAAAGGGAAGCACGUCUAGACACUGCCCAAAAGAUCGGUGCAGCACAACAUAAACAAAUCCGCCAGAUUAUCCAGAACAAUCUGAAGGAUGUAGACGCCGAGAGCUUGGGGAGGAUGCCGGUGGAAGAGAUAUCUGAGAUUUACCAUAGAUAUGUCAAUACUCUCCAAUUCUUCUGUCCCCGGAAGGACAUGUUGGGAGGUGUUGCUUGGGGCUGGCACGUAUGUAAGGGAUUUUCUUCCAACGGCAAAUGUCUUAUAUACCUGAUCACUGACGAAAAGAAAGAGGAUGCGUCCUUGACGUAUGACAUUGACCAGGUGUACAACUGUGGCAGAAAACAGAUACGUACUCGAGCCAUCAGAAAGGAAAUACAAAGUUUGGAUGCCGACACACCAGUCACGAACGCAUUGGCGCAAAAGGAAAGAGUCGACCUCCUUUUGAUAGAGGGUGAUGGAUCUGACGACAUUGUUACUGGACUUCUACGACGCAAUGCACUUCGUCACGUCGAUCAGUUGUCUGUAGUCUUCAAUGCCGUUAAUAACGUCACUUCCGUCUCCAACUACGCUACGCAAAUCCUCCUUUUGAAGGCUCUUCAUAUUGAAGGAUUCAGAAUAUUUAGUUUCGAAAGAGAUCCAAAACAUAUAUUCACAGAUAACCCCUGGCGAACAGGAGGUUACACACUAAAUAUGAUGAGAGAGAGAGGGGUGCAUAGCCCGAUGGUGAUUCCCAAACCAAACAAGAUGGCAACUAUGACGCUCUUACAACUGGCCAGCACGUAUCUAAGGUAAAAUCGGUGCCAGCGUUGGGAAGUGAUAGCAAAACUCACAUUAAUCCGGAAAACAAAUGAUCUAGUGGUAUUAUUGGGCUUGAUUAAGUUUGACAUCAAUAUCAGUGUGUGGUAAAGGGCCAUAACACUAUUUCAUAAAGUAUCCAUAGACUGUUUAUUGCCUCAGUCACAAUUCACCUAUACAUAUAUGUACUUAUAACAGAAUACCAAUGUAA